UAGCGUUUGAUUUCGAUUGAUUCCGCAUAAGUAUCGACUGUGCACUAACGUUAGAGUCAGCUAAAGCCUAAUUAGCUGGUCCAACUGAACAGAAGCGCUGAUAUCAUAGAGUAUCCGAAUAAUACGUAGAACACAUAGUUAAGUAACAAGGUCAAUAUAUCUCACGUUUUUAGUACUAUAAGCUAAUUACUAGCAGGUAGCAAUGUUGAAGUUACGUGUAAAAAUAAAUUUUUUAAAUAUAAUGAAAAUCGAUAUUUUCACUUUAAUAGCUAAGAUAACUAAAUUUAUUUGGGCUAAAUAUCAAGUUCUCUUUGACAUUCGAAACUGAAGCAAAAGGAGUAUUAUUGUAAUGUUUAAUUCUAUCGGGUUUAGUCAGUCCACAAAAGUAAUUCAGGCAUCGUUUGACUUAUUUACACCCUAGAAAAUAUCUAACGAGUCGAAUGGUGUAUUCUGCUGCACGUUUAGAAAUGUUUGGAGAGUUUAAGUGACAUAAUAUAAUAGUCAAAGAGAUAUUGGAAGAACUAAAAAAUACGGUGAUCGGAGAACAAAACGAGUGGUAUAAAACGGAUUCAGCCUACGAGAAUGCGAUUUUAACGGUGUUACCGCUAGAAAAAUUGCUCUCAGAGAGCCUAAAAAUUCCGGCACUAGAUUUCUGAAUGUUUGGAUUGCGUCGGCUGAUCGGCCAGUGCCGUAUUCACCUUCAACUGAAAACUUGCUGCCGACGCAAUACAAACAUUCAGAAAUCUAGUGCCGGAAUAUCUGGGAUCCGCGAGAGCAAUUUUUCCAGCGGCAAUACUGGAUUUAAAUCGAUGGGACUACUUGAUCAUUGCACGGUGUCGUGUCGCUGUAGCACGCGUUAAUCCAAAAUCCGAGCAUAGUUUGACAUUAGUUUCACCUAUCUUACUUAUUUCGAGUCGCUUAUCUGACCACAAACAACAGUGCGUCUUACUGAACAACUUUGACUUUUAAGCGCAUUCAGUGAGGAGCUUGUUCAGUUUGGAAUGAGGCACCAUUUACGCCAGCGUCGCUCGACUUCGUAAUGAGAAUUUUUCGAAAUUGAUGCCUUAAUCAUACGCCAUGCGCAAGCCAUGUCAUGGCUAUAAUAACGGAAGGACUUCCAUUCAAUUUAAACCAAGCGAUAAAUAUAAUUGCAAUAGACAUCAUUGUUUCGAUUUAUUUUCUAUCAGUUAUUAACUCAAUGCUUUUUAUGACUUUAAUAGGGCAGAAAUCGAGCAAAAACUGCACAUUGGCAAGUAACAUAGUCUCCUCGUUGUGCUUGUAUUAUGCGUAUAUACGUCAUGCUGUAUUUGUAAUGAGAAAGAUUCAUAACUAAUAGGAACGACUAGUACGACUACGACAAUGAUUUACAAUUCUACUACAUCUUAUCCAUCAGUAAGGUCAAUGUGACUGUUGCAAUGUGCCCGCAGUCGUAAGCCCAAUACUCGCCAAUUCAAAGCAGCCGAGAACGUCAGUUCGUUUUUCAUGGAUAUCGGUUUAAUUCAAUUUGGCGACAACGCCGAGCACAUUACUGUCGACUGGGCGACAAAAGCGCUCGUGCCCUAAACUUUCAAUCGAGAACGGACGAGAAGAAUUCAGGUGAUUCAUUUGAAAACUCGCAUUGUCAGUGAAAUCUCAAUAAAGUUAUCCAAGAGGAACAGCGAAUUCGCAAACUCGAACUGAACUCGAAUUGUGCAGGAAAUUUGGACUUGAAAAACUAGUUAGACCUCGAUACCUACGACUGAGCGCCACGUGAUGCAUACGAAAGCGUAGCGUUAUAUCGAUCGGUCGCUCGGUUUGACACUUGGCUGCCACUCAAUUGCCAUCAUUGCAUUACCAUUGGCCUUUGCGAUGAUUUUCGACACAAUUUUACUUUACAAUUCCCAUGAUAUCAAUACAUCGUACAUACAGUUCAAUUAAAGAAAAUUAAACAAUGACGGUAGGUUGUUUUCAAUGUUAAGAUUAUUCAAAAUCUAUGUUUUCUGAACGAGUAAUGAAGGCCUGGUACUAAAACUCGAAACGUUCUUGUGUGCGUGUACAAUGUAGCACGUUAAUUCGACCUGCUUUUAGUCAAAUAAGCGCGACACGAAUUCCCGAAAGGAUUUCUUAUCAACGACAGUUCCCGCGCUUACAGCCUUUCGUGUGAAUCCUUUUUUCAGCUUUUUAAAAUCUUCUUAUAAUAGUCUGAUGUUACACACUGGCGAAAAUUCAGAAACCAAAUAAGUUUAUCUAUAAUAACGUGUGCGAGAAACUGAGUCCUAACAUUUGUAUACGUAAGUGCAUUGACGUUAUAUUAAAUAGCUCUAAAUGAUGUAAUUACGACAUGUAAAAAAGUAAAAGUAUUGACGCGACACUCAUGCUACUUUUUGAUAUGUACACCAUACGAACUGGAUAACUACAUAUUUGUGGACGAGAGCGCGCGAGACGCAAGCUUGGAUAUAGGGUGUAACUAAAAUGCAUUCCUGUACCGCGAAGACAAAUGAAGGCUUUGAAACUGUAGGAGACAAAGUAACAACCGAGAUAGUCUUGUUUGACUUGGCCUGUUUGUCUGUCGACGCACAUUCCAUCCGUCGAACUAACAUUCAGCUUUGGCAUCCUCUUAGACAUGCCCAAUGUGUACAAAUAAGAACGAAAAAACUUCGUCAGUGGAAUUCUCCUUGGACGCGAAUACGAAAUGCCGGCAGGCAAAUUGACGCGACUUAGCGAGCAUCGGCGCGCUCACGUCUGACAAAGAGAAAACGACUUUAGCCACGGCAUCCAAUCGUCGAAGGUGUUGCGAUCGCUGGAACGGCAAACACGAGUCCGGCUCGGCUAUUAGAUUCGAUCGAGUCCCGAUGCCGUCACGCGCAGCGCAUAGUCUCUUUCGCAAGAUGGACCACAGCUGGGCUUACCUAUCGAGUAUCGCGCUCGCGCUAACGACGAGAGACUGCUUAAGCUAACUGCUUAGCAAAAUAGCUCUGAGUGCAGGUGGUCUGGCGAAAGGCAACCGGACGCGCUUUCGUUAGUCAGAGGAGGCAUCGAUCGAUCGGUGCCACUGCCCGCUUCUCGCGACAAAAAGCAGGCCGAAGACAAUGCAGCCGUGACGACGGAGGAUGCGUUGAACGACGCGGCGGCGAGGUGGCUUGUGCCGAGCGAGGCGCGCCGCUAUCAAUCGGCCGAGUGAAAGCUCCGGCGAGCGACGGAGCUGAAAACGGGCCGAGAAAGCGAAAACUUACGUCAUCGCGAUCGGCGGCAGCAAGCCCGAGCGACGACGGCAAAUAAGGCGCCGAGUCGGCAGCCGAGCGCACACGCACCGUUCAGCCAGUCUCCGGCGACGCACUCGGCGAAGCGGCUGGCCGCGCUGUCGGCUCUCGCCUCCUGCCGCUGAGCUGUCCCGCGGACCGCGUGCCCGAGGCGCAGCCUGCGUCGCGUCUCGUCGCUCGAAUCGCUGCCGACGGGCGCUGCCAGCGGCUCGCGAUCCUCCGCGACGCGGCGUCGGCGCAGCGAGCGAACGGCCCGAAGCUCCCGGCUGUCUCGCGAAGCGGCAGUCGACCUCGCGGACAGCUCGCUGCCGACCACUUUUCGAAUAUGCCGCUGUCGAUCGAAUACCGCGAGCGGGCGACAGUGAAACUCCGUUGCGCGGCUCGUUUCCAAUGUCGAUAAUCCUUUCGCCGGAUACACUUCGACUGGAUUGCAGAUAGAACGAGCAAACUCGAACGCGCGAUUCACUGGGAUUCUUAGCAUUUGUUGACUCGUCGUAACCUUGUGACGUGGUUGCGUGACAGCACGUGGACGAUUGCAUCGGGAUUUUCCGUGCACGCCGUCGGCUCAAAAUCAAUGAGUCAAAUCCAGACGAGGAGACUUUAGUCGAAAAAGAUGGCUGCGAAGCGAGUAAUUUCAUCAGUAUUGAUCAUACUCCACGUGCAGUGGGUCGCUCGAUGCGAUUUCACCAGCGUGGAUUACUUUUCCAAAGAUUUGAAUUUCCGAGUGCCAGCGAACGCGAGAGAUCGAGUAUCCGUAAUAGUGAGCACACCAGAGAGCGACGCGCUACGGAAACAUUUUCAUUUCAAUUACGCGAAGUGCGACCUCUCGACGAGCGACUGCGAAGUCGGGCAGGAUUGCUUCGACUGCCCGCCAGCUUACAGACCCAAAAAGUGCCCUUUCAGCUUGCCCGACAACGACAGCCUGGCUCUGGAGCAGGCCACGUUGAGGAGCUACGGAGAGCACGCCGAAUUCGUCGUCGUCGACUGGGCCACGAAGGCAGUCGUGGCGCAGAGUUCCGCCGAGAAAGCCAGCCGGAAGGUGCAAGUGAUCGGCAUGGCGAGCUGCUCGGUUCGCGAGAUCCCGAUCGAGAUAAGCAGCGCCGGCAACGGAAUGAGGAAAAUAGUGCUGGACGCGCCGGCGACGACGCGCGACCUGGAGGUCUUCUACGUGGACUACCGGGCCUGCCGCGACAGCGGCUGGGUCAGAGCGAGCUACCGCGAGGACGGCCGGCCGGCCGGCGAGCCCCAGUGCCUGCUGGGCCUGCGCAAGUCCAAGCUCAAGCUCGCCAUGGACGUGGCCGCGGGCGCGGACUCGAGCCGAAUCCUACUGGACAAGGGCGAGCGCGACUGGGCGCUGUACGAGCUGAAGGCGCGGAGCAACCGGGCCAGGGAGCUGCACAGGGCCGAGAACCGCGAGGGCGGCCUGCUCGACGUGGCGCGGCUGGCCAUGCACGACGACGACUUCGGCAGCCUGUGCUGGCUGGCCGACCUCGAGCCGUCGUACAGCCUCGACUGCACGAUCUUCCGCGCGGAGCCGCCGUACGCGCGGCAGCUGGGGCUGCGCUUCCACUACCGGCUGCGCGACUUCGAGCUCGCGCUGGUGGACUUCAAGCGGAUCUACGCGCUGACGUCGUCGAGCGACGACGCCGGCUGCGCCUACGACCUGUGGAUCUUCGACGUGGGCGGCCGCGCGCUCGACGGGCCGCUGCGCAUCCAGGGGCCGCGGUGCGCGCGCGGCCGCCGCCUGGAGCCCAGGCCCGCGCUGGCGCGGCGCGGCCGCGACGAGCCGUGCGCCAGCUUCGCCUUCGAGCUGGCCGGCGCGGGCCGGGCCGGGGCGCGGCGCUUCGCCGCGCUCACCGAGUGCCUGCUGCACAGCGACCGAGGAGGCCGGCUGCUGCUGACCUGAGCGACGCAGGGCACGGCCCAGCGGUGGCGCGUGUCGAGCAUCCGCUGGAAGAUGCGCUGGUAGUGGUAGACCAGCAGGCCCAUGGGCAGCAGGCAGGCCAGCGCGACGACGGGCAGGGUGAAGCAGAGCGAGACGUUG